AUGCCGAUCAAAUUGCUGGCUGCCACGCUCAGCGCAUGCUGCGUGGCAAUUCCUGUGACGUUCAAGGUGCAAGAGUUCUCAAAUUUGCGAAUGUCAGGUUACACGGACACAGUGUUCGCCGACUUCCGAGGGCGGCCGGUGGCCCCUGGAGGUCCGCAUCUGGCUGGGAGCUUCCAAGGUUGGGAUCCCACAGCCACAGCCCUGGCAGAUGCAGAUGCCGAUGGGAUUUACGCGAUCACGUUGGAUUUGCCAGCAGCUUCCUACGAGUUCAAGUUCAUCAAUGGCAGCUCGAUGGAGGACGCGGAGGCUUUGCCGCCCAGGUGCAGCGUUGGCGGGGACGAGGAGUCCUACUUCUACGGAUACGGCAACUGGAACGCUCACCGUAUCAUCCAUAUUGCGGAGAAUGCCACCUCGGCCGAGGUGCACUUCUGCUUUCAGGAAUGCCAGCCUUGCGACGCGCUUGCGCUCUGCAUCUGGGUGCUGACUUUGGCAGACUUCCACUUGUGA